UCCACCGUUACGCACGCGGACGGACAUGGCUGCCUCUCGCUUACCUCCGGCGACGCUAACUCUAAAACAGUUCCUGAGAAGGCAGCAAGUUCUUCUACUGUACAGAAGGAUUUUGCAAGUAAUUCGGCAGGUUCCAAAUGAUUCUGAUCGCAAAUACCUGAAGGACUGGGCAAGGGAAGAAUUCAAAAGAAAUAAAAGUGCCACUGAAGAGGAUACAAUCCGGAUGAUGAUUACUCAAGGCAACAUGCACCUCAAGGAACUAGAAAAAACACUUGCUUUAGCAAAAUCUUAACAGUAGCAUUAUUCUGAAGGAUUUUCUAAACCUUCAUUGCUUGUUGAGCUUAGGCUCAAUGAUGGGCAGCCCAAAGCCAAGUUGAACUGUUUGUUUGUACAGUACUCUGGCAAAUAGAUCACAGAGCAUGACAUGCCAUAGAAGGUAAGGAAGACUGCAUCAGAACAACUGCCUUAGCAAAUACCUUGAAUUUUGAAAAUGUAUCUGAAUGUGUCAGCAGUAAGGAACAAAAACCAGUAGAACAAAUGGCCAAAAACCACAUGAAAAGAUGAUCAACAUCAUUACCCAUCAGGGAAAUGCAAAUCCAAACACAAUGAGAUGACACUUCACCCCCACUGGCAUGGCUAUAAUAAAAAAGACAGAUAGUAAAUGUUGAUGAGAAUGUGGAGAAAUUAGAACUCGUAUUACCUUGUGCUAGAGGUAAUAAUAUAAAUUGGUAAGUUCCUCAAAAGGUUAAACAUAUAGUUGCCAUAUGACGUAGCAAUUCUACUCUGAGAAAUGAAAACAUACCCACAGAAAAACGUGUACACAGUUGUUCAGGGCAGCAUCAUUUAUAGUAGCAAAAAGUGGAAACAACCCAAAUGUCCAUCAGCUGACAAAUGGAUAACUAAAAUGUGAUAUAUUCAUUGUAAUAAAGUAUUAUUCGGGAAUAGAAAGUAAUGAAGUACUGAUACAUGCUACAACGUGGAUGAAACUUGAACACAUGUUGAGUGCAGUAAGCCAGAUACAAGGGAAGAAAUACAUGAUUCCAUUUAUAUGAAAUGUUCAGAAUAGGGAAAUCUAAUGAGAUAGAACGUAGAUUAGUGGUUCCCCAGGGCAAGGGAUGGAAUGUGGAGUUACUGCUAAUGGGUACAGGGUUUUUUUUGGUGAUGAAGGUACUGUUAAAAUGAGACUGGUAAUGGUUGCACAAUCCUCUGAAUAUACUAAAAUCCAUUGAAUUAAACAUUUUUAAUGGCUGGAUUGCAUGGCAUAUGAAUUACAUCUCAAUAAAGCUGUUUUAAAAAGCGAUAUGAAAGCUAUGUAGCAUAAAGACGUGGCUAAGGCUGUAACAGCUUGACUGCCCCCUUGUCAUUUCUCUCUUUAAAAUGGCCAUUUGGUUGGAAGUUUUAAAUUCAUGGUACAAGAAUUCCUAUCAGUGUGCCUACAGGGAGAGAGAACUAACUUGCUAAUAUUUGAGGAAAGCAGAACAUGUUUCCUGGUAUAGGCAUACCUUGGAGAUAAUUGCAGGUUCAGUUCAGACCACUGCAAUAAAGCAAAUACUUCAAUAAAGUCAGUCACACAAACUUUUUGGUUUCCCAGUGCAUAAAAAUGUUAUGUUUACACUAUAGGUAGUUUGUUAAAUGUGCCAUAGAAUUGUCUAAAAUAAAUGUACAUACCUUAAUUUAAAAAUACUUCAUUGCUAAGAAAUGCUAACCAUCAUCUGAGCCAUUAGCAACUCAAUCUUUUGCUGUUGGAGGGUCUUACCUUGAUGAUGGCUGCUGACUGAUCAGGGUGGUCACUGUGGAAGGUUGGGGUGGCUGUGGCAAUUUCUUAAGAAAACAAUGAAGUUUGCUGCAUCAAAGGACUCUUCCUUUCACAAAAAGAUUUCUCUGUAACAUGCGAUGCUAUUUGAUAGCAUUUUACCCACAGUAAAGCUUCUUUGAAAAUUGGAGUCAAUCCUCUCCAACUUUUCUGCUGCUUUAUCUACUAAGUUUAUGUAAUAUUCUAAAUCCUUUGUUAUUUCAACAAUGUUCACAACAUCUUCACCAGGAGUAGAUUCCAUCUCAAGAAACCACUUUCUUUGCUCAUCCAUAAAAACAAUUCAAGUUUUAUCAUGAGAUUGUAGCAGGUCAGUCACAUCUUCAGGCUCCACUUCUAAUUCUGGUUCUCUUGCUUUUUCCACCAUAUUUGCAGUUACUUCCAUCAGUGAACCCCUCAAAGUCAUCCAUGAGUUGGAAGCAACUUCUUCCAGACUCUGUGAAUAGUGAUAUUUUACCUCCUCCCCUGAACCAUGAAUGUUCCAAGAGGGAGAGAGACAAGGAAUGCCCAGUUGGUGGAGCAGUCAGAACACACACACACUUAUUGCUUAAGUUUGCUGUUUUAUAGAGGCAUGGUUCAUGGCGUCCCCAGUUACAACAGUAACAUCAAAGAUCACCACAAAGGAUAUAAUAAUGAAAAAGUUUGAAAUACUGCAAGAAUUACCAAAAUGACAGAGACAUGAGGUGAGCACAUGCUAUUGGAAAAAUGGCACAGAUAGACUUACUCGAUGCAAGGUUGCCACACAUCUUCAAUUUGUAAAAAAAGGUAGUAUCUGUGAAGUGCAGUAAAGCAAAGCACAAUGAAACAAGCUAUGCCUGUAUUUGUAUUUUUGUAGUCCAUACCAGGAGAUAGUCUUUAGGAGAGGCCAAGAGGCAGAGACUCAUAUUUAAAUUAUCUCUGUCUUUCAUGGAAUAAGUAGGAAAGUACUAGUAAAAAUAAAGGGAAGCCACCCACAUCUACCUUAAAAAAAAUUGUGUUUACAUAGAAUAAAGACCCCAAAGAGGAUCAAAAGCAAUUUGCCAUUCUAUACUGAAUUAGAAAUCACCAUGGGCUGUUUCUGAGCUUGGAUCAGGCAUUUGGGAAAUUAUAUUAGGAUUAAACUAAAUUUACAAUUUUUGCUUCCUAACUAAAGUGAAUCACUUACCCACUCUUAUUUGCAUAAAAAAAUACGGUGCUGUGUCCUGCUUUUGUGUCUCAUAUUUUUAAGUUAAUAUAUUCACAUUUAUUUCACUUAACAUUAAAGGAAAGAAUAUUUCCUCUUAAAUAAAAUUACAAAUAUUUUUGAUAUUUUUCUUAUUCAUAAAAGGGAUUAUUCUCAAGGUCUUUUUAACUGAGUCUGUCUUGUAAGUUUUAUUUAAUUGGUUGGGUUUUAUAAUCCAUACUUAACAAGAAGAAAUUAUUAGUCACCAAAGUAUGAUAUUAGCUUGUAUAUUAUUUAUUAUGACAAAUGGUGUUCAGCCCUUCCCUUUGUUAAAUAUUUUCCAAAUGGUCAAGUGUAUAGAAAUUUGUUUAAGCUUAUACUGAGAAAUAUUACCAUGUUACAGCAGUUUUUUCAUGAAAUGCAUCUGAUUUCUAUUUUAAAGCAGAUGUAUCUACUUUCAAACCUUUAUAGACAUAGCAUAAAGUGUGGUUGGGUGAAGGAACCAUUUCAGUAACCAUAAAAUCAUACAGAUGACAAAGUAGGCUAAACAAAGUAUUAACACUUUCAUUUUUUAAUAUGAAAUUUAAUUUCCAUAGUAUUGGGAGCAAUGUUUACUACUUGGAAGAGACACAGAUUCAAGGUGAUUAAAAAAAAAUAGACAAAUAACAUGCCUCUUAAGGUUAUUAACUUUUGAUUCGAACAGAAGGUAUAAACAGGAAAACACUGCUUCCUUUAUUUUGGUCUAUAAGGGUCAAAAAUAAGAUUAGAAUAAUAUAUUCAACUUAUCACAGAUAUUUAGUUUCUCAAUGUAAUAAUGCACUGAUUAAAAAAACUGCAAUAUUGUACAACUUCUGUGUUUUACACGAUGUUUUCCCACUGCUAUUAAAAAGUUUCAGUUUUGGUUUGAAACACAACCUACAUGACAGGUAAUAGAUUGUUUACAGUUCUGUUUCUUUGGAAAAGUACAGUUGUGACAUUUACUCAUUUAGCAGAUAGCAAAAGGGAAAAAAAUUAGGAAAAAUUCACACUGGAGCUCGAUUGAAGUGUUUGACAGUGCCAAAGAACAUAACAGACCAAACACAUGUGGUGAAAGACUACUACUGCAGUGGUCUUGAUUGUGAGGCUGCCUCCUUAGGGUUUUGCGGCUGGCUGACCCUGUUCUGUUUCUUGUCUCUAUUGGUUUUCUCCUCCAUGACAGACCACUGAGGGACAAGAUAUAAUCACAUAAGCAUCUGCCAGACCUAGGUCCAUUUGACUUUUCUCCUUCCCUCGGCCCUUCCAUAACUGUGACUUUUGACAAAAAAUAACCAGGAUGAAUUGCCUGCUUCUGGUGGGUAGGAGGUAUAAUCAAAAUACUUUCUACCCGAGCACGCAAUGGUCUAAACUUAAUAGUUAGAAUUUAAUUUGUUUUCAGCAUUUCUUGACAAGUUUAUUCUUUGACACAAUAGGAGAUUGAAGUGAAAAUUGCUCCUGCUUGGAACACAACUUAAUUAAACCUCUUUUGGAAUGAAUGCAAUACCUUUGGGUAUUAAGAAACUCUUAAUAAAUAGAGGUAUCUUGGGGAAUCAUUCCAAAAAGGUUAGGUGACAUCCUGUUGGGGAUGGAUUUAGAAAACUGAAAGUACUGUCAAGCUCUAAAAUUCUGUGAUUCUGCAUUAGGGAUUGUGCCAGUUUGAAUGUAUUGUGUCCCCCAAACACCAUUAUCUUUGAUGUAAUCUUGUGUGGGCAGACGUUAUCAAUUUUGAUUAGAUUUCUUUG